AUGUGUGACCCUUCUCGGAAGUCCACGGCACAGAAAGACGACAGCGUCGAAAGCGGCCAUCUCUAUGCGUCGAAUGAAGGAAAAACCCGCCACACGGACUGUGAUAUGCUCCUCCAGACAUUCCGUGCUUGGGCUGUGACCGACCCGGACUGCGCCUAUUUGCGAGGCGUCAUCGAUGGUGGCAGUCAAAAAACGUUUGUCAGGGAGGACGUCUCUCGAAAACUGGAACUGCCUGUGUUAAGAGAAAUCGACCUGCGACUGAGCACCUUCGCUGACAAUGCACCAGCGCCCAGCCAGCGUCGCAAUGUAGUGCGACUCAAGCUGAGAAGCCAGUUCGACCAAACGGAGGUGACACUCGAAGCUAUCGAGAUUCCGUUCGUUUGCAGGGACAUAGCACAGAUUCCGACCCAGUGUUCGUUGGUCGCGCAGCUGAGGGAGUGCGGAAUGGACAUCGCCGACAGAGUCAUGUUUCCAAGCGUUCCUCGAGAGACAGGACUAUCGGUGCUCAUCGGCUCAGACCAGCUUUGGAAGAUCGUAAAAGGGAACGUGCAACACGACCAAAACAACAGUGCGAUAGCUGCCAUCAACACCUCGUUGGGAUGGACUUUUCAGGGGCCCACCAAAACCAGGAGCUCUGUAUCCGAGCAGAGCGACACACUGAUUUGCGUUCUACGCACUGCCGUCGAAAUCGAGGACGACACAUCAUUGGCAUUGCGACGUUACUGGGACCUGGAGCAUCUUGGAAUUACUGAUAACCUGACACCAGACCGAGAUGACCAAGCACUCAUGGAGAGCUUUGAAGGCUCGAUCGAGUUCCAGGAUGGGCGCUAUCGAGUGAAUCUACCCUUUAAACAACAACCCAGGGUAGACCUACCGAGCAACAGAGGGGUAGCGCUCGAACGCAUGAAGCGCAUGAGCACGAGACUGGCGCGAGACCCAGAGAUGCUCGCCAGGUACGAUGAAGCCAUCCGGACGUACCUAGAGGAGGGACACGCUGAGAAGGUUAAACCGGAGUCUGAUGAGGCAGACACAGGACAGGUGUACUACAUGCCCCACCGACCUGUGAUUCGGGAGUCUUCAGCCACCACUAAGCUGCGCGUCGUUUUCGAUGCAUCGUCGCACGCUAGCGGUGCACCUUCUCUGAACGACUGCCUCGAGAAGGAACCAAAAAUGGUGCCUGACCUUGUCCGGCUUCUCUUGAGGUUCCGACUGCACAGAAUUGCCAUAACAGCGGACGUGCGGAAGGCAUUCCUGCAGAUUGGCAUAAAGGAAGAGGACAGAGACUUUCUUCGUUUCCUAUGGUUUUCUACACCGCCAACCCCUGGCCACGAGAUGCCUCCUGUGGAAGAAUGGAGAAUGACUGCUGUACCUUUUGGGACGGCAGCGAGUCCGUUUCUACUGGCGGCAACCCUCUCCCAUCAUCCCAGACUUAUGAAGGAGGAAUUCCCUGAGACUGCGACAGUGCUAGAGAGCUCCAUGUAUGUUGAUGACAUGAUUACCGGAGCUGCAACAUUGGAGGAAGCGCUGCGCAUCUGUUCUGAAUCAACUGAUAUUUUCAAAAGGGCAGGGAUGGAGCUGGGCAAAUGGGCGUCUAGCUCUAAGGCACUAAACGAUGUGUUUGAGGAACAUACCGCAAAAAUGUGA